AUGAGUUUCGAGAAGACGAUGAAGGUGUUUUCACCUGAUGGUAGAAUCUAUCAAAUGGAGUAUGCCUUCAAGGCAAUAUCACAAUUUGGUCAAACCUCAAUCGCUGUUAGAGGAAACGAUUCAGUUGUAGUUUGUACUCAAAAGAAGAUCCCAGACAAGUUGAUUGUUCCAGACUCAGUGACUAACAUUUUCAAUGUGAGCGAUAGCAGAGGAGUGGUGCUAGUUGGAAAUAUGAAUGAUGCUAGAUACAUUGUGCAAUGGCUGAGAAACAAUGCUGCAAAGUUCAAGUUCACUAAUGGAUAUGAAAUCCCAGUACAUGUACUUGCCCAGAAGUUAGGACAUCAUCUCCAACAUUUCUCUCAAUAAGCUGGUCUAAGACCAUUCUGUGUCAACACUACCAUUGUUGGCAUGGAUGAAGAGUUUGGAGCUCAAUGUUAUAGAGUUGACCCAUCUGGGCAAGCUAUUGGCUUCAAGUGUGUUUCAACUGGUUCAAAAGAGCAAGAAGCAAUGACUCAAUUGGAGAAGCAUUAUAGAAAGAAGGAGGGAAAUUGGGAUAGAAAGGAGACCAUUGAGACUGCAAUUUAGGUACUUCAAACUGUUAUCUCAAGUGAUUUCAAAGCCAACGAGAUCGAAAUUGGUGUCGCCUCAGUUGGAGAUGUCAGAUUUAAAAAACUAACAGAAUAGGAGAUUGAAAACCACCUUAAUGAUCUAGCUGAUAAAUAAUGA